CCCAGCGGCGGCCUCCCGGCGAAGCGCGGCAGGUCCGGCCCGGAGCGCUGCUCGGUCCAGUCGGGGCAGCGUCGGAGGGCGCAGCGCAGAGAUGCUGAGACUCGGGGGCACCCUGCUGUGCCUGCUGCUGGCGGCCGCUGUCCCCACGGCUCCCGCGCCGGCUCCGACUACGAGCUCAGCCCCCGGCGGAUCCGGCCCGAUUCUCAGCUACCCGCAGGAGAAGGCCACCCUCAACGAGAUGCUCCGUGAGGUGGGGGAACUGAUGGAGGACACGCAGCACAAGCUGCGCAGCGCGGUGGAGGAGAUGGAGGCAGAAGAAGCUGCUGCUAAAACGUCAUCAGAAGUGAACCUGCAAAACUUACCUCCCACCUACCACAAUGAGACCAACGUAGACACCAAGAUUGGAAAUAACACCAUCCAUGUGCACAGAGAAGUUCACAAGAUAACCAACAACCAGACGGGACAGACAGUGUUUUCAGAGACGGUUGUUACAUCCAUGGGAGAUGAAGCUGACAAGAGGAACCACGAGUGCAUCAUCGAUGAGGACUGUGGGCUGGGCAGGUACUGCCAGUUUGCCAGCUUUGAGUACAGCUGCCAGCCUUGCCGAGACCAGCAAACACUCUGCACCCGGGACAGUGAGUGCUGUGGAGACCAGCUGUGUGUCUGGGGUCACUGCUCCAAAAUGGCCACCAGAGGCGGCAACGGGACCAUCUGUGACAACCAGAGGGACUGCCAGCCUGGGCUGUGCUGUGCCUUCCAGAGAGGCCUCUUGUUUCCCGUGUGCACACCCCUGCCCGUGGAGGGUGAGCUCUGCCAUGACCCCGGCAGCCGGCUUCUGGACCUCAUCACCUGGGAGCUGGAGCCUGAUGGGGCAUUGGACCGAUGCCCAUGUGCCAGUGGCCUCCUCUGCCAGCCCCACAGCCACAGCCUAGUGUACGUGUGUAAGCCAGCCUUUGUUGGGAGCCAUGGUGAAGAUGGAGAGAGCCUGCUGCCCAGUGAGGCCCUGGAUGAGUACGAAGAUGGCGGCUUCUUUGAGGAAGUGCGCAAGGAGCUGGAGAGUCUAGAGAGGAGCCUCUCUGAGGAAAUGGCGCCCAAGGGGCCUGAUGGAGCCUCUGAGCUGCUGGAUGGAGGAGAGAUUUAGACCCAGACCUGUUCUGCGGGUAGAUGUGCAAUAGAAAUAGCUAAUUUAUUUCCCCAGGUGUGUGUCCUCUAGGUGUGGACUGACCAGGCUUCUUCCCAUUUCCUCUUCCCAGUAUAUUUUCCUUCUGGCUUGAAACAUCUGCCUUGACAAAAUGAGGUGCUGUGCCUUUGUCCAGCCCCCUCCCCCACAACUGUACACCACCAUCACCAUUCUGAUGCUUGGGGAAGGACAGGGGUGUGAGAGGAUGAGGGUUCUAGGGUGAGGGCCAAACUGGGCUCCUAGACUUGGUCUAGAUCAUUGGCCACUUUGCCUGCAGUGGUUGGCAAGUGGCACAUUUUCUUCCCUAUCACUCUGAAAAUUGAGGGAAGAGGAUGAUGAAGGAUGUGGAGUCUCCCCACAAUGGGUUUUGGGGAAAUGUUGACUCUUGUACACGUGGAGAAGAGUGCCUGCUUUGCAAACAUAAACCUGGCAAAAAUGCAACAAAUGAAGUUUUCAUGUAGCUCUUUCUGUGGGCAUCGCCAAGCUGUGCCCUUGGCUGUUGCAGAUGAAGUGUUCUGCUCACUCUGUGUUCCGUGCAUUCAUUCACUCAGCUGUUUCACUCUGCUUCUACCUCGUGGCACUCCGUGUUUUCACAUCAGUGGACAGUUGACACUCUCAUCACAGUCUGGGAGGGAGGCAUUGUUCUCCCCAUUGGUCAGGAACCUCAGAGGCUCAGACACAUUGUUUCUAGCCGGCAUUACAUAGCUACUGAAGACCAGGACAGUAUUUCAUUCGGGUGAGAUUCCAAAUCCAGUGCUCUCUCCCAUACUCCACACUGCCUCUGUGCCACCAAAACUUCCCCCAAAAGGAAGGAGGAGGGUAUUUUUCUUUUUUUGAGGCACAUCUAGGAUGAAGGUCAAACUAUCCCUAUAAGAUUAAACUUCUACUGUUAGAAAUAGCAGUGUUCACACCAGUGUGGAGAUGGCCAUCAUUCUAGUGAACACAUGGUAUUGACAUUGUCCCCUGUGGCAGUUACAUUAGUAACUCUGAAAAUACAUGAUUGGAGCAUACUGCAUAAAUUAACUUGCCAGGAACAGUACCUGGGCAAUUCUAGGACCAGGAUUUUGAAUGAAAUUUGCAAAAUCACUUAGCAGCAACUGAAGACGAUUAGGAACCACAUGGAGAAAAUCAAACCAAGCAAGGCUCUGUGAAAUAUGGUUGUAAUAUCCAAGCCGAGAACACUAUACUGUAUGCUGUUCCACAAAUGAUAUUUUCAGGUGCCAUGGACUGUUUCCAUCAUAUAUUCAUCCAGAGUCAUUAAAUUUUGAAGUGGCACACGGUUGUAUAAGCAUGCUUUCUUUGAGUUUUAACUUACGUAUAAACACGUUGCAUUUAGAAAUCAAGCAUAAACGAAUUCAACAAUU